UCUCUAGUCAUACUGAACCUCAGUUCCGGCCUAAUCGACAUAAUGUGUAGAUAUGCCUAAACAAGUUCGCACCUAAUAUUUUUAUUUUAGAAUUUGUAUUUCGGUACCUUGGCAGAAAGGACUAUUUGAGAAAAUCUGCAAGCCAAGUAAAAUAUAAAGAAGAAAAAAAAGAAGAAUACUAAAACGCAAUGAACAAUUUAUGUUCAAUCUCGAUAUUGGCACUUCUGAUAGUUAGAAUUUAAUCGUUGGUUGGUUUAACCGUAGUUGGUAAAACCGGCCCCUAACCGCCGUUACGUUGAGACGUGACUGAAAGUUCAGGCCUCUGAUUUUUGGAACGUUGCCUUGGAAUCUGCCAAGACCUUAUUCACUUAUAUCCCUUAUAACUCAUUCCUAGUACAAAUGGUGUGAGGGCGAAAAUCGUGAGAUCGCCUAAACCAACAAGUGAACCUGACCUACCUAACAUAACCCUAACCCAACUUUAUUUCGAAACACGUGUGUAAUACAAUCUGUUGUGAUUGUAUAUUAGUAUUUUUGUUUCUAACAUUGUGGAAUUAAAGUUAUUAGAGUUAUAAUUUUAACAGUAAUUAAUAGUAAUAAUAAUGGAUGAAUUACUGAAGGAUGCGCGUUUUGCGCAUAUUGCGAAAGAUCCAAAAUUUCGACGUAUACCCAAAGCUGAGAGAAAAGUGAAAAUUGAUAAACGAUUUCAAGGCAUGUUUAAAGAUAAAAAAUUUACCGUGACGUAUACUACUGAUAAACGCGGUAGACCAGUCAAUCAAACCACUACAGAGAAUCUUAGAAAGUAUUAUGAUCUAUCUAGUAACGAAGAAGAAGAAGAUUCAGAUGAAAAUACUUCUGUAUUAUCUGCAACUAAGAAAAUUAAGAAAAAGGAGAGCACAAAGGAUACUAGGAAUAAAGAAAUAAAGAAUAAGAAGACAAAAACAAGAGAUAUAGAUACAAACUCUUUAAAAAAGAAGAAGAUAGCAAGGGAAACGGAUACAAAUUCUUUGAAUAAAGAAAGUAAAGAUGAGGGAAACAAUGAUAAAUAUUUUUCGAGUAAUGAGAAUUUGUUACAAAUAGAACCAAAAGAAAAACAUGAUCAGCACUUUGAUGAUGAAUCAGAUGAAUCCUCAAGUGAGGACAAUGAGGAUGAAUGUAUUCAGGAAGGAUUUGCUGAGGUAAAUUUAGAUGAAAACGAAAAGCAGCUACAUAAAAGAGAGAAAAACGAGAGUAGCAAACUUACAAAAGAAAUUAAGAAAAAAUUAAGAGAUCUUAGCGUGAAUUAUGCUAGAGGUGAAGGUGUCUUAUUGACCGAUAGUUCUUCUUCUGAAGAAUCAUCUGAAGCUAGUGAUGAUGAGGAAGAGAUUGAGCAUAACUGGGGAGAACUAGAUAAAGAAGCAGAAACAACAGAUGACAUUACUUAUAGAUUAGCCAUUUGUAAUAUGAAUUGGGAUGUAAUACGUGCUGUUGACUUAAUGAUUCUGUUAAAUUCUUUUUUACCCAGCGGUGGACUUCUUCGUUCAAUUACAAUUUAUCCUUCAGAAUAUGGUCAGCAGCGAAUGAAGGAAGAAGAAGUCAAUGGGCCAAUGGAAUUAAAAAAUAGUGACACUGACAAUGAUGAUGAAAAUGAAGAUAAUGAGGAAGGUGCAAAAUAUCAUAUGGAGAAAUUGAGGCAAUACCAAUUAAAUCGAUUAAAAUAUUAUUAUGCUGUUGCUGAAUUUGAUUCUGCUGAGACAGCAAAUAAAGUAUAUACGGAGUGUGAUGGUAUUGAAUAUGAAUCUACUGCAAAUAGACUGGAUCUCAGAUUCAUACCAGAUGAUAUGAUAUUUGAUCAAGAACCCAAAGAUACAUGUAAUGAGAUACCUGAACCUGCCAAAUAUCAGCCAAGGCAGUUUACGACAACAGCAUUGCAACAAGUUAAAGUUGACUUAACGUGGGACGAUGUAGAUCCAGACAGACAAGAAUUUAUAGAGAAAGCAAAUUCAGGAAAACUGGAAGACAUUGACGAAAACGAUUUGCAUAAGUAUUUGGCGAGUGGUAGUGAAGACGACUCAGAUGCAGAAGAGAAGAAAGGCAACGUAGAUAAAGAAGUCGACAAUAAUUUAGAUUCGAAUGUGAAAAAUGAUCCAAUUGAAAAAUACAAAGCUUUGUUGAGAUCUAUUGAAGAAGAAGAAGAAGAAGAGAUGAAAAAGAAGCAAGAUGUUGAAUUGGAAGUCACCUGGGAUGUAGGUGUAAAGGAAAAGGUCGACAACUUAAAAGAAAAAAUGAAAGGCAAUGAGGAACUCACGCCUUUCGAGCAAUAUUUGGAAAAGCGCAAAGUUAAAAAGAAAGCUAAGAGAGAAGAAAAAAAACAUAAAAAAGAAAGUCAAAAUAACGAUUUAGAAGAUUCCUUGCCGUUUGAUAUGAAUGAUGAGUACUUGGCAGAGGAAUUGAAAAACGGCAAAUCGUUAUCUCGUAAAAAAAAGAAGAGAGACGGAGAAAAUGACGAUGUAUCGAACAAUGAGGAAGAUAAUCAACGUGAAGCCGAAUUAGAGUUGCUCCUGAUGGAUGAAAACGAAGACAAUGGUAAGAAGCAUUUUAACAUGAAGGAAAUCGAAGAAAAUGCCGCUCUUUCCAAAUCCAAGCGAAAACGUCUCAGCAAGAAGAAGAAAAAUGCACAGGAGAAAAUGGAGGAAGAUACUUUCGAAGUCGAUGUUAAAGAUCCUCGCUUCGGCGCUUUGUUCACAUCGCAUCAUUAUAAUAUUGAUCCUGCGGAUUCGCAUUACAGAAAAACGAAGGGUACGGAUGCUUUAGUCAAUGAAAAGCUGAAGAGAAGAGCUGAUAACAUGGCGCAUGUAGAGGACGGUGAGCAGUUCAAGAAGCCAAGAACAAAUGAGGAGCUACCAACGGAAUUGCAAGCAUUGGUUAAAUCCGUGAAAAGAAAAACACAAAAUAUCACACGAUCGAUAAAACGGUAAUUCAAUUGUUCAGUUCCGCAUUAGUUAUAAACGAUUAUUAUUGUUAUCUAUAUUGUACAUAAUACCCGAUAUAAUAAUUACCCGAAAAAGAA